AGUUUCACUCAAUAUAUUUCGUUUGCUCCUUACUUAUUUUUAGUAAAGUAACCAGAAAGACCUCUGUUAUGCUACGUUACAAGAACGAGGGGGGGGGGGCUGCUUAGCUAGCAUGCUAGCUAAUUGAUUCGCUUCUCCAACUAAUUGGGACCGGUAAUUUAAUGAGUCGACUAGUGUCACGGAAAGGCCAAUUAAGUUGCAUGUGAUCUUUUAAUCGUAAAUUACGCCUUGUGGGGCUUUUGAACACGAGGCUAUCUGACGUCCCCGGGUGUUUACUGGUCAUAUACCCCUGCUAGCUUGCUAAUUGGCGUGACGAGGAAGUGAGGAAUUCUAGCAGUGUCGAUAGUUCGUUCGCCGCAUGGGCCAACUUUCCUUGCGUUUUGUUACAUACUGCAUUUUCCCCCCCAUUAACAACUAUUUCUGUGCAGUUCAGUGUGAACAACUGUACUUAGACCUUGAAGAGACUCCAUGAAAGAUGUUUGGUCGCCCAUUAAACUGGACAGACACUUAACAGCACUAGAAACAAAUAAAUGGCAGUUACAUUUUGGACUUGUUUGUUGAUGCUAGCCCCCCAGGCCCCUUCCCCAAAUCAGUGGGCCACAACUUGAAUUGAGACAAGGAAAGGAACACACUUUAGAUUAGACAAAUCUCUCAGCCUACUAUCAAACAAAGAAAGUGAGAAGUAUACUAAAGUAAUAAUGCCUCGUCCUGGAAGUUCAUUUCAUUGUUUUGCCUGUUGGUAAUAGAACAGAACUAGAAAGCUGUGAGUAGUAACCAUGUUGUUACAACAAUACCUUCCUCAAGGUGCAAAAACGGCCGGCCACCAAAUUUGAUUGCUAACAAAAACCUGUGUAGAAGCUAAUCUCCUAAAUGGACGCACCCAGGAUUGAUUCGAUUGAUUCAAAGUCACAAAAGCGAUGCCCACCUCAGAGAGUUGCAAUAUGGGCAAACAUUUAUAGCUCAUUCCAGGUAGUGUUAUGAUUCGAUAAUGAUACAUCUCCUGAUAUACUAUUGUUCAGACAUCAAUGGCAGUUUUGUGGGGUCUUCUCUGUUCAUUGAUAAAACAUAUAUUCCACCGUAUAGGUGGCGUACACCUCUGUGACUGGGAGCGAACCUCGCCUUUCAAAAUUCACUCGCGUCUUAUUUCUGCAGCAACCUGCGUACAGAGGGGGGGAUACAAAAGCGUUUGAAAAAAUAUGGUCAGCACGGUAAUGGCACGUGCGACAUGCCUAUCGCCAAGAUGUGCGACCCCUUUCACAUGAAACGAUAGGACGGAGAUAUUAGGGGCGGGGGACACGGCAGUCGAGCAAAAGAUGAGUGCGCCUCCCUUUCCUGCGUGACCACCCAGUCAUUGAUUUGUAAGGAAAGGUUGACUGUCAGGACCCCUUGAAAACCGAGGAGCCCACACGUACGUAAAAUAAGCUGCCAGGUAUUGAAGAGAGUAGUCCCGUUAAUUAUGGUAAUACCAACGAUGGAAAGUUUGCGCGGUGUCUCAUCCCUGUGUCCGUUGUUUCAGUUGACAGGAACCCCAUGUUUGUAUUUACCGCGUCGACGCCAAAUUGAUGGUUCCCUUUAAUGAGCUAUUGUGUGUCCAUUUUGAGAAGCAUUCCAAAGACUGCCAAGACAUGACUAACUUAGCAGGAAUGCUGCCUGGAUUGCGGUGUUAAAUCUCCGAAGCGGUCCGCGAUCAUAUGAAAUGAUAUGAAACCACUUCAGCGUCAUCGAGCAAGUUUUGUUUGUUUUUCCAAAUGGGUGCUGCGUUUUUAAACGGGCACAAGCGGUGUUCAGGCUUCGCACAAGUGCUUGAAACUCCCCCAAAAGAUGCUUGAAUUUCUUUGAUCCCUUUGGUGUUGAAAGCGGCUCUUGUCAUUAAGCGCUUGAAUCAGAUGAGGAGGAGUCUGGUGAGAAGGCUAACCGUUCCAGCCAUGGCACAGCAGCGCGGCUGUGCCCUUUGUGCCAAAAAGGCCAAGAAGACCAAGCCUCCCUGUCUCGACACCUCACUGAGCAACACAGCGUACUUCCGUCGUGUGUUGACAAACUGUUAGACAUCUUUGUACUCGAGCGAGGCCAUCCGAGGACAUCAGUUCCCAACUGCGCCGGCCUUGUUCCGACACUCCUCGGCAACAUCGCGAUCGGGAGAUGGAAGAAGACAGAAUGUUAGACCCGGAGGGUAGCGGAGCCGAACCGGAACCGGAAGAUGAGGCAAAUGAAAUUGCGGGAGCCAAACGAGCCGUCGCCGAAGACGAAGACCCGGCCGAGGGCGGUCGGCAUUCGUCGGAGCGUCAGGGCGCGCCUGCGGAAACCGCCCCUCUUUUCAAAUGCAACGCCUGCCAGGAAACGUUUCCCAGCCGAACCGCCCUGAGUGUUCACUACCACUCGCCAUCCCACUUUCAGAGAAUGACGAUGACAAACGGUGGGGAAAUUGACCCUCCAUCUCCUUACGCCCCCGUCGUUUCGCGGCCAUUUGUGUCCAACAAACCCUACCAGUGUGCAAUAUGCCGAGUCUCCUACAAUCAUUCCAUCACCCUUGAGAGCCAUAUGAAAUCCGUCUUGCACCAGACGCGCAGCAGAAACGCCGCCAACAACGCCGGUGCGCUCGGGAACGGCGGAGCCGGUCGCGCCGGCAGUCCGAGGACGGCGGCGGGCACGUCGGCCAACGGUUCCGGCGCCGCUAACUGCGCCGCGACCGGCACCGCCACGGCGAGGGACGCCGAGCGCGUCCAAACGUCCCGAGUGGCGCGGUCCCUCAUGGCCCCCCCCGUGGCCUCCGCUCAGGCCGUCUCCGCCUUUCUCACCCUCCUCACGUCCAGCCCGAGCACUCUCUCGCAUCCCCUCCUCCCGACCCUGUUUGCGCCCGGCCACCCGACCGGCGUGGAUGCGUCUCAGAUCGUGCCUCAGCACCACAUGGUCAUGCCCUUGAUCUUGAACGGACUCCAAGCCCGGCAAAGCCAGCAGUCUGCGGACAACCAGCAAGGACAGCUCCUUACCCAGUGCGUGCCAUUUGUAGGUCUCAACGCGGCGCAGCAAGCCCUCCUGACCCAAAGAAUUAGUUUGUUACAGAACCAGUGGGCCCCCGUUGCGCUUCCGACUCCUACACCGGCAGUUGGCGCCGGCGUCAAACAGGAGAGCGUGGAAAAGCCCUUGGAUGGGAUCGAGGCUCGGGACGGCAUCAAAACGGAAGAAACCGAGGAAGAGUGCUGCCCCGACGGGGAAAGCAAAGGGCGAGCCGAGAGCGCCGAAGACGCCGGCAAAACCUCGGCCCAUCAGACGCACGCGGAAACGGAGGAAUCGGCAAAUCCGCCACUCUCCCCGCUCGCCGUCGAGAAGCGCCCGCCUCAUAACCCCUCGGCUUUCCCGUCAAUUCCGAGCGACAGCCCCCCGCGUUUGAAUCUCGCGCUCGGCCCCGAUCCCGCUCCCCAAAAAUCCCAGAGAGCAAGCAGCCCCCGCGGAUCUCCGGCCACCCCCAAAGCCAGCCCGCUUUCAGAUGCCUUAAGCGACUCGUAUGGGCUACGUAGCGAUAGCGUGGCUUCCGUUUGUUCGGAACUUCCGGUCUUGUCAGAGUUUCAGUCCGAGGUCCUUUGGGCUUUCUUUGAGUCGCGAAGUGAGGCCGACGCCGCGAGUCCUGCCCGCGAGGACUGCGAGGCGCUGGGCAGAGAGGUCGGGCUUUCCGAGGAGGAGGUACGGGCGUGGCUUGGCCGAGCCAGACGGGCCAAACGGAGACAGAGAGACGCGGAGCUCACGCGCCCCCGCGGCUCGUCGGAAGUGGCGAGGAACGCGCAGAGCAGUGACAAUGACUUGGAUGACGAGGAAAGAUCCUUGAUUAUAGCGGAGGAGGAAGAGGAAGAAGAGGAGCGGGAGCGGGAGGAGGCCGACACGACCGCCGGCCAGGCCAUGGAUUUGUCUCGGACAAGAGGGCGGCGGAGGCCAAGGAGUGUCGGGAGAGAGGCUCGGGGAGAUUCCUGUCUGACGUCCGACUCCGAAAACGAGGUGUACACCUCCGUGAUAGUGACGGACGAGGAAAGUCAGAACGGAGGUUCUCGGGAGGCCCCGGACAGCGCCGCCAAAGACCAGGUGCAAAACGAGGUCGACGGUGAUCAUAAAGGCUCAAGCGGGGGCAAAGUCCUGCGCUCCACGACAGUCUUUCUCUCCGACGCCGAGGACGAAUAUGACGACGAGGAUGGCGGCGGGGCUCCCGGGGCCGGGAAGAAGAAGCGGAGGGCGGAGUUUGAACAUGAGCCGGAGGUGAAAAGGGAGAGACUGGAUCCGGAUGUGGACCUGGAGUUGGAAGCCCAGGGGGAUCCCCCAAACUCGCUGCCCUACUCGCUUGAGCAGAUCCCAUGUGGCGCCCUGCGCUCGCUCCCCCUGUCCCUGGCCCCCUUCUCCGCUCAGUUCCUCAACCCCUACGUCCUCUCACUGGCGCCUUCAUUAGUCGGAGGUGGGAGCAAAGGGCCGUGCUUUUCCAACCCGUCCUCGACGGCGCCUUUCCCCGCCACUCUGCUUCCCCAAUCGCCCUCUCCCAGAAGCCACUCCUCCUCUCGCUACUUGUCCAACGGCGGCGACUGCGAGACGGCGCUGGACCUCAGCAUGGGGAAAAACGCCUCGUCCUCGUCGCCGCUCGAUGGCGUUUCGUCAACGCCGAAAGGCCGCUUGCUGGACGGCCUGGGCCUGAGGCCCGCCUCCGAGGGCUUGGUGGUGGUCCAGGUGAAACCCGAGUCUCUUGCCGCCGCGCCUUCUUCGUACGGUCGCGUGACUCCGGUCAACAGCAACCACCUGACAAAGCCCAGGAUGUACGCAAAGCCCGAGGAGCAAAAGAACGUGGCGCCGUGCCACCGCGACCACGUCGGAGACCAUGACAAGGAGCAAGAGCAACAGCAGAGGAAGGCCAAAGGGAAACGGUACCGCGACAUGCGGCGCUCCAGGACCAUCAUCCAAGCGGAGCAACUGGACAUCCUCUACGGAUGCUAUUUCAAAGAUCCCAACCCCGGAAAACACGAGUUUGAGCAAAUCUCGGAAUGGGUCCACCUUCCCAAAAAAGUGGUUCAGAUCUGGUUCCAGAACAUGCGGGCCCGGGAGCGCAAAGGCGAGGUCCGCUUCAUCAGCGACGGCACCCUGGCGGCCGUGGGCAAGCCGCUCAUCAAGUUCACCUGGCCGCUCUCCAAGCCCAUCUUUUCAAACAAGGCGGCGGAAAACAACGCCGGCUUCAUCGCGGCCGCUCCCAUCGUGCGCACCCUCAUCAAGACCGAGGCCAAGCCCGCCGCGGUGAAAAAAAGUACCCCCGUUCCCAUCAAGCCCAAAGAAGUGGCUUCCGCCGUGUCAAAGACCAGGCUUGAAAGCGCCGCGGGCAAAGUGGCAUCGGGCGCCGCCCCGACCCCUUUGACAACUCCCAAGGAGCCCCUUCCCAUCGCCUCUCGACUGAAUCGGCAGAAGAAAUGUGAGGCGGCGGAGGCGGCCACGGCGGAGGAGGAGGAGGAGGAGGAGGAGGAGAGCGAGGAGGAGAAAACUGACGAGGAGCUGGACGACGAGAACCUGGAGGCGCCUCGCAUCGUGAACCGGAUGGUGCCCAAGCUGCCCGUCGCGACGCCCAUGGAGAGCGGGCCUCCUCCCGCCGCCAUCUUGCCCCAGAAACCAAACGGCCUGAGCUACUGGAACCCCAAAGCCUCCAUCAGGAUCAACACUCUGUCGCGAGAGCAACUGGCUCUUCCCGCUCACGUGCCUCCUCGCACCAUCCCGCCCCCUCCCACCCCGAGCAUAGCGCCGGUCAGCCCCAACGCCCCCAACUCGGCCAAGGCGGCCCGCUCGUCCACCCCCGUCCUGGGCAAAUCGAGCGCGGCGGAAAACAACUUCCUGGCCCAUUCCUCCAGCCGCCGGCCUCGCACGCACCUGUCCUGCCUGCAGCUCUCCAUUCUGCAGUCCUGCUACGAGACCUGCGCCCACCCCAACGCCUUGGAGUGCGAGGCCAUCGGCGCCGAACUCAACCUCCCCCUCAAGGUGGUGCAGAUCUGGUUCCAGAACACCAGAGCCAAGGAGAAGCGCUGGAGGCUGCAGCAAGAAAAACUGGGUCCUCAAGCCGGCGGGAAGGCGUCGAUGAGCUCGGGAAGUUACCUGCAGUACAACGCUCUCAAAGCCAACCGUCCCAUCCUGCCCAAACCCGUUCAGCUCACCAUCACGGAAUCUCCCGGCUCCCCGGUGAGCGGCCAGUCGGCGCCCGGCGAGACGCUGACGGGCUGCUGCGACGUCUGCAAGGUCUCCUUCGAAUCGCGGGCGGCGGCGCGGGCCCACGUCUUCUCGUCACUGCACCUGGCCAAGCUGCGCACCACUAACUUUGGCCAGCCCGCCGCGCUCGUCAACAAGAACGGAACUGGCAACGGAGCUUCGGGCGGCGUCAACCUCAGCUUGCAGGUGUGCCGUUCCUCCGCGGUCGCCGGCUCCGGCGGCGUGGUCGUCAUCGAGUUGCCUCCCCCUCCGGCCACCAGCAACAGUUAAGAAAGCGAGAGAGAGAAAAUCGGAUCAGGAUUGGUUUGCAACACUGACUAUUUGGACCCAUUUGGGCUCCUCCACAUUUGAGCACUAUUCCUCACCACCUAACUUCAUCGUUUUUGCUUUUGAAGUUGGCUUUUUUUUUUUUUGCCCACAACGCCCGGUUUCCAAUUUUCAACCUCUCUGAUGACUCGAAUGGACACCUUCAUCCAGUUGGACCUCAAACUGUUCUCAUGCUGCUGCUGCUGAUCGCAUCAGUUUGCCGCCGUGUGAGUGAUGGAUCGUGCUUCUUGAAAUGGUCUCAACCCCUUUUUAUCGGGAGUGACUUCCCCGGUUAAGAGACCGGCGCAAAAGGUUUUUCUGUGCCAGGUCACUAUUUGGGGAAAACAUGGAAUACCCCCAGUCAGAACCCGUACGUUGCUCCUUCCUGUGGAAUCUUUUUUUUUUUUUUUUUGUCCCCCCCCCCCUGGGGCAGGGAACGCUCUCACUUCCACAGCAAGGGUUGCCUGCGUAUGACGUGAAUGGACUGAACAAAUGUGACGCAUGUUGACUUGUCGCUUUUAUUCAUUUGUGAUCUGCCGAGUGUUGCGUGUACAUCGUUUGGGAUUAAAUAGAGGUACUUAAACGAGAAUAGGGCUGUUCAACCCCACCCCAUUCCCAUGUUUAUAGUCAUGACAAUCCAGACAAAAAAAAAGUUUUAGAAAUUGCGAGGAAUCUCGGCAUACCGCACUUUGACGCAUAUUAUAUUGUUUGAAAUGUUUUGAAGCAUUCUAACGCCGGUGUCUUUUUAUGGAAAGAUUGGCUCAUGCAUGUUGGAUGCCUUAAUAUCUUUCUUUUUUUUUUUCUUGCUCGUCUCUUAAAUUACGCUUGAGGUGUAUGCAUAAUAUUGCGCAAGAAGCAAAGCUAACGGGGUCUGGAAGUGAAACCGAGCGCUGUCCCCGGUCGCUUUUACAAUUGGGGAAAGGCAGGCGGCGGGGGCUAUUUGAAUGUCCUUGCGGUGACCUAAAUCGAGCAAAUCCCGCCGAGCUUUUUCUCAGCCGAGGACUAAACAACGGCCGACCCGUGCGGUGUCGCGUGAAAACGAAGCCCACUGUCGUGACAGGUCACGCACAAACACGAGCCACGAGAACGUCGGGCUUUGGGCUGAAAUUUGGGGAAGAAGCAAAAAGGUGAACUUGAAUUUCCAAACUUUUGUCCGCAACGCGUUCAGCGGCUCAAUACUUUUCGCACGGCCCCUCGGACUUUAGUUCCAAGGAGAUGAAUGGCAGGUGGUCAUCGGGGAAUAAUAAUAAUAACGAUUCCUUUUUGGCAGAAAUCCACCGCCGCCACUUCCUCUAAUACCGGUGAUGCGCAUGCUGUGAAAACGGGACGCGAUCGGUGUGCGAAGCAAACGAGGGAGCAAUUUCGCCGAUCUCCCCAAGGCCACUCGUGGAGAUUCCGUUCUCGCAAUGUUUCCUUUUUACCGAGAGCUAACUAGGAUUGGUGCUGUGUUGAAGGACACGCGUGAGACUCACUCAAGAGCUUUUUCCUUCCAUUUGACUUUGUAUAUGAAUGCUAUAGUUUUGACUAAAAUGCAAAACUAAAAUGAUCUUUUUUGUAAAGGAUAUAUAUUAGAAAGAAGUGAUAUUCCAAAGUAAUCUCUUUUUUUCCUGUCAUUUAAAAAAUACAAAAUAAAAAAAAACAACCACAACAACAACCAAAAAGCAAUCAAGAGGUGUUCACAGAUGCAAACUGUAAAGGACAUCCCACAGCUUGACUCUUGCACUAGUUCACUAUAUUUGCACAAGUUACAGACAUUUCAAAAAAACGAACGCAGCCAUGGAUGCAACAUUACAAGUGAAUAGGGGGGGAGGAGGGUGUCUGUGUGUGUCCUGACGCAAAGAGGUCGUCGGCGGUGUUCUUUCGUGACUUUGAAAAGGUGUCGGGAAUCAUCUUGUAUGCGAGUGCUCGGAUGUCAAGACUGGGAAAAGACACACAGGCAAACAGAUGCGCUGUUGCACUGUCCAAAUGAAAUUGCUUUUUAUGGAGAUCUGCUUUUAUUAUCUUACAUUUCAUUGUCAAUUUGAUUAUCACUAUUGUUAUGACUGUACUACUACUUAUUCAAUUUGCUACUCAUGCCGUUUUGAGUUAUUAUUGAUUCAUUCUUGUUUUCAUGCCACCUUUCUGCUCAGACUGAGGAUGGGAUUCCUCUGAAUUUUGAACAAUAAUAGUGGCAGUGUUAUGUAUUGUUAGACCUAGGAUCCCCCCCCCCCCACCCCACCCCUCUCCCCUAUGUACCUUGCCUUCUUUCUGUGUUUGGUCUCCAUUAUGUUUUCUUUGAUAUACUGGACAAUAAAAUCAGUUCAACAUGGCAAAAUA